CAGAGUGAGGUUAGCGCGUCAGUGCGGCCCGUGUUAUGUUGCUGGCCACAAUGCAGGAGGGACCCAAGUCCCGCACCGACUUCUCCAUCGCGGCGAUCAUGUCCAGGGAUAGGAAGCCUCCAGCCUCCGCGGCCGCCGCCACCGCCACCGCUCACGAGCGACUCGGCCACGGCAGGAGAGGAGGCAGUGAAAAGCUGGCGGAGGGCGAAAGCGAUGAGUACGAGGAGGCGGAGGAGGCUGAAAUCGAGGAGGACGUGGAAAUAGACGUGGAGGAGUGCUCGGAGAGUGAGAGGGAGCCGCGACCUCCGCCGUCGGAAGCGCCAUCCGAGGAGCUGUCGGAGGAGGACCGCGACUCACCGGAUCCGGCGGCCGUCCGCGCCAGGGUCAAGACGCGCUGCAAUUGCCAGGAGUUGCUGCUAGCCGACUGCCACCUCGAGACCAAAGAUCUCUGGGACAAAUUCCACGAUCUCGGCACUGAGAUGAUCAUCACCAAGUCUGGAAGGCGAAUGUUCCCGACGCUUCGAGUAUCGUUCAACGGACUGAGACCUGAGCAAAGGUACGCAGUGCUGAUGGACAUUGUUCCCGUGGAUAACAAGCGCUACCGAUAUGCUUACCAUCGGUCGUCAUGGCUGGUGGCGGGCAAGGCGGACCCCCCCGCCCCCUGCCGCCUCUACAUGCACCCCGACUCCCCCUUCACCGGCGAGCAGCUCAGGAAGCAGGUUGUCUCCUUCGAGAAGGUCAAGCUCACCAACAACGAAAUGGACAAGAAUGGACAGAUUGUUUUGAACUCGAUGCACCGAUACCAGCCACGCAUUCAUCUGGUGAAGUGGAGGGAUCACAGUGGUGCUAUCACGGACCUGGAAGCUGAACAAUUCAGAACCUAUGUCUUUACCGAAACUGUCUUCACGGCAGUCACCGCAUACCAAAACCAAUUGAUCACGAAGCUGAAGAUUGACAGUAAUCCAUUCGCGAAAGGAUUCAGAGAUUCUUCACGAUUGACUGAUUUUGAUAGGGACCCAAUGGACAUGAUGUUCAUGGAACAGCACUUCCUUCGAUCUCCACUUCGACUCUACUCCGACCUCGACGUUGAAAACAACAACCAGAGUUUCUUCUCGGCUGCCAUGAUGGAAAAAGCGAGAGCGCAGCUGCAGCUGUGGGGGAGAACGACGAGCGAACUGCCCCCGAUGCUACAGGGGUACGGGGGGGCUCGCAUUCCCCUUCCGGCGCAUCUGUGGGCCGGAGCCUCUGGUCAACCCUGGCCGGGAUCUCCCGGUCUGCCAUCCGGACUCCUGGGCCCACCGAUGCCUCCCCGACCCACCCAGAUCACCCCACCUCCUCCCGGAACUCCAUCAAGCUCGGGGUCGUCGUCACCCUCGUCCGAGUUGAGGUUGCCCCGAAGAGUCUUCCCCCAACCACGCUUCAGCCCCUACCAGUUAAUACCGAAACAGACUCAGGAGACAGUUCCUGCUCGAAAUUAGUGUUAGCUUGAGAAAUCUGUCAACAAUCGUUUUCGGACUUGGUGCAAUUGACUGCAUUCAUUCAAUUCUACAAAAACUCGUCAUAGCUAGUGAUGUUGAAAUUCAUUAUUUCAUUGAGAUGAGAUCUUCCUCGUUCAAUCCUGAACCAAUUAGUACAUCUGUCAUCCUUUGGGAAAGAUUAAGUGAGGUUGAAAAUAUCGGCCAUUCCCUGAAUUCAAUAAUAAGGAUUUGGGAAAAUAUCGAGUCUUCUUACUUCUUUUUAGUUCAACCGUGUUUCUUUUUUUAGUUCAAUCAUCAAACGCAAAAUGUUGCAAUGAAGAAAGCUUUCUACUUACCACUUGAAUCAUAAUUCUCAAGUCCUAUUUUCUGCCGCUUUAUUUUAUUUCUGUUAAUUCCAAUCAAUCAAAUCAGAGCAGACCAAUUUUUUUUAAAUAGUUCGACUUAUAGAGCUAACUGAACUUUAAAUGAUUGUGAUGUACAUUUCAGUGAACACUUAAUAUGUAAAUAUAAAAUUGAUAAAAAUUGGAUUCGACAGAUCAUUAAUAUAUUAUGUGUCUAGUUAUGAUAAAUAAUAGUCUUUAAUAUAAGAGAGAAAUUUUAUUAUUGUGUAGCUUAUGGAGAGACAAAAUCCCAAUGUGUAUUGAUGAUGUAGCACAAUUCCAAAUAAAGCCAAAGAUCGAAUCUUAUCCAUUGAUUCUCUGUAUAUAUUGUAACCAUAUUGUACAAUAAACCAUUAUGUCUAGUGGCUUAUCAGAUGAAACCAGGAGAUGUAAAUUCAAGGUACUGGAACUCUCAAUGUAAAUAUAGUACAAUAUCUACUCCAUUCAGAAAAUAUGAAUCCUUGUUCUAUGAAACGAUGAAAGAAUUAUUUUCUUCAACUCGAAAAUAUUAUCGUAGAUGGAAAUGAAAAUAUUGCUAUUGUACCAUGAAAAUAAUAUUAGUGAUCUCAUUGUAAAUUUUAUUACUUUAUGACUAUUUAACAGACUUUAUUAUAUUCUGUUUGGAAAUGAUAAUUAUUCACAUUUUUCAGAGAACCACAAUUAAAAUCAAUUCUAAUCCUAAGCCUUAUUUAGUCACUCCAACUGAAGCUCCAUUCUUCAUAGAGGACGAAUAUCAAAUUUAUUUCAAAGAUCCUAUCAUUUUUGGAAUUUUAAAAAUGAAUGUAAUUGUAAGGGAGUGGAAUAUAAUGAACAUAAAUUACCAGUGAAUAAUCAACUUAGUUUUCUUGGAGGAGUAUAGCCUACAAUCUUGUGACAAAAAGUUUGAAAAAAAACUUUUUCAAAUCCUUGAAAGAAACUGGUUACUAUUUAGAUUUACUGUACUAUUUCAAUGCUUAUUAAGAAAAUAUCCAGUAAUACAAUGUACUGGUAUUUAAAAUCUCAAAUUUAUAUUGAUAUAAUCAUUGCAAUAUUAUUGUUAUCCUGAGGUGGUAUCUAUGAUUUAUCAUAUGUAGCGAGUUGUUGAUAUUAUCAUUUAUAUUGAAACCAAAAAAUUGCCAUCGCCAUUCUAAAAAGAUCAAGAGUUUCAAAUCAUUGAAUCAAAUUACACUUUCAAGAAUCAUUUGGUGACAUGAUUCAUAAUAAAAAUAAUAUUCAUCUAUAACCUUGUGUAUUAUGUGUUGUAAAAUGGUAUUUAGUCAAAUUAAACCUGUCGUGUGUAAAUAUAUUGUUAGAUUUGAUGUGUUUUCAUGUAUAUAUUCUGUCGAAAACCUGUAUGUACUUACUGUAAUUUAACCGAUUGAAUAAUAAUUAUGAAUCGAUGGUGAAA